AUGGCGGAGGACUGGAGAGUCUCAUAUGAGUUCAGCAAACGGCUGAAACGGAUGUCAGAAAUCACGUCCGCUUACCGUAAACUCUCACCGUCCUUGACCUUUGCGGAAGCUCAACCACAUUCCGCCCGUUAUGAAAGGGAGGCUUACGCCAAAGCGACUUCAGAGGCAGAAUAUGAUCGGUUAUGUCAGAGGAUCAUCGAUGAGUUCGAGGAGGACUAUGCCAACGUACCAGUGACUGAGAGUCCCAAAGUGCUAUCAAACGAGCCAGCAGAAUCUGAGCCAAGUGCGGGAGCUGCUAACGCUGUCAAAAUUGGCGCAUAUGAAAAUUGCGUCCAUCAUGCUGACGGGCUAAUGUCCACUGUUUAUCGAUCAAAGAGAACUGAUGGUACCUUGGUUGCUCUGAAGGUCACGACGCCUCAUAUGAUGAGCCCUCCCCAUGACUCUAAACGAGAAGCGCGUAUUUUGCGAUGGACAAAAGAUCAAAAACACAUCAUCACAUUGCUCGAGACCUUCGAUUUGGCCGGCGGACGGCUUGUUCUCGUCUUCCCCUUCAUGCGGUACAACUUUGCCGAAGUACUGCAUCAGAACAUUUUGACAACACUCCAGACCAAGGCAAUCUUGAGAGACAUGUUUUGUGGUCUUGAACAUGCGCACGGGCUCCACAUCAUUCAUCGAGAUGUAAAACCCUCGAAUAUCCUCCUAGAUAGUCUAGAUGGCCCAGCCUACCUAGCCGAUUUUGGUAUCUCAUGGAAGGAAGCAGAUCCAGGCUCUGAACCUUCAAAAGAGAAGAUCAUUGAUGUCGGCACCACCAGCUAUCGCCCACCAGAAAUCCUUUUUGGUUCGACAGAAUACGACACGUCGUUGGACAUGUGGGCGGCAGGUUGCGUGGUUGCAGAAGCGGUGGAUAUCCGCCAUCGUCAGCUUUUUGACUCUGGAGAUUUGGGCAGUGAACUUGCUCUUAUCAAAUCGAUUUUCACCACAUUGGGGACUCCCAAUGCUGAAGUGUGGCCGGAGUCAGCAAAGCUUCCGGAUUGGGGCAAAUUUCAAUUCUACGAGUACCCUGCCAAACCUUGGGAAGCGAUAUUGGAAGGGGCAUCCUCUCAAGGACGUGACCUGGUUAGCAAGUUGAUAUGCUAUGAAUCUUCUUCCAGGUUGACAGCUGAACAGGCUUUACGACAUCCAUUCCUGCCACAGAAGAAGAAUCUGUCCGAGCAAGACGGGUAA